AUGUUCAUCGAAUAUCAGUUUGGGAAUCGAGCUCAAAAGAAGGCAAAUUGGGUUUUCCAACAAAUAACUAAGAAGGACGCUCUUUUGACUUACAUUUGUUGUUUAUGCCCCCUAAUUACUUAUCUGAUGACGCAAACGCAAGAGUGGCGUGCCCUGUUCCAGAGAUGCUGCCUUCCAGUGAACCGUAGAACACUGACCGACUAG